CCAUUGUUUCAACAUCAAUUGGGAGAAAAUCAGUGACAACAUUCUGGAUCGCUUGCGCGCUUUGGAUGAUUUUAAAAAAGCUAAUCCAGGAGUCUACACUCCCCCGUCUGUACGUAUCGCUAAGACCGAAAUAACAACUCUCACAAACGCGAUUGUUGAUCAAUUGCGUACAAUUGACAAUCAGAUAAGAGCAGACAUAAUGGAAACUGUAGCACGUCAAGUUUUUAAUAAAUUCCCGGCCUUGGACUAUACGGACGACGACGGAUUCGGCGCUGGUCAAGGCUACAUCGAAAUGAAAUAUAAAAUGAUUAACAGGAACAAUUACUUGAAUCGAUUUAAAAGCGCGCAAGCACCUACGGCUAAUAUCGACAUAAGUUUGAAGAAAAAGCGUAAUGCUCGAGCCGGUACUUUAAAAGAGUACUGGGAAAAAUCGUCCAACAAAUGCGACAACACCUUGAUCUCAAUUCUGACUCGAGACGAAACUCAACUAUUGACGGACGAUUUUCUGGUUCAAACGCAGUCCUUCGUAAGAUACAAGUUAGAUGAAAAAGUUGCCACAGGAAAAAUGAUUGCUCAGUUACCGGUUCUACGCCGUAGGUCAUUAUUGACAUUUCAUUUCGAGAAGGCUACCGGAGUAAAAAUCGCUGAUCUUCGGCGGUAUUUUACGUCUAAACGAGACAAAAUCAUACGUUUUUCUUUGACCUGCAAAACGGAUUUACAUCUAAACAACUUGUCAUCAGAUCGAGAUAUAUUGGAAUUCUUGUGUUCGCUGGUGGGAGAGAACUUCGGAGAUUUAAUCGUUCAUAAAGAGGUUGGCACUCGCAUUGAGGACAUAGCAGUUGACACUUCAGGACCGGUGCUAGUAGCUGUUGAUGUCGGCAAUGGCAGAACAGUUAUUUACGUAUACGCGAAUGGAAUACGGGUGUCCGAGGGAGCGAGUGACGUGAUCGCAGCUAUGGAAGAUCUUUUUAUUAUUCAUUUUGUCCAUAAUUUUAUGUACGUAAAAGCUUUGUCAAAGUUCUUGGAGCUAAUCCAAGAAUAUUUUUUAAAAAUCAUCACCUUUGUUGCGUCAAAAUCGGCUGCUAGCCGCGUAGGCCAAAGGCAACGAAAAGUGCGAAAAGUAAUUUCCGCCUUAGCUAGCUUUGACGUAAGGGAUUAAGCCAAGUGAAAGAUGUGUAAAAAACUAUAAUCAGAUGAAAAAUAAAACAUGUUAAGAUGCGAUUAUCUGUUGAAUUGUUUCAUUAAAUGA